UGUGUCCAUCGCUGCGCACUGUAACAACAUGGCCGCUGCUGGUCAGCCGCAGGGAGAGGAAGUUGUUAGCAAGGCAGACAGAAUCAGUCACUGAAGGUAUCUGAGAGGAGCCAGGCACUCCACUGUGAGAGCUGAUGAAUUGAUUCCAUAAGAGCCGCCUUGCAUGAAAGUAGGAGACCUGUGUGGAGGCUCCAGAGGUCACACACACACACACACACACACACACACACACACACACACACACACACACACACACACACACACACACACACACACACACACAUCAAAGUUCUUCCUGGAAUCAACAGUGUGUUAACUACUGUAGAAGUUACCACACUGUCAGUGCAUGUUUUUCUUCCCCUCCCCUUUAGAUCUCAGAGUUUAGAGGCAGGUCUAACAGCUUGUUGCCUCUUUAGCUGUAACAACAUGCCAUAUUUAGAGCAGAGUUCAGUUUCACUUUGGAGGAAGUGAAAUUCAGCAAGUCGUUCUCACUGCGAGGAGAAAUGGCACAGGCAGGAGUUCAGCUGGAUCGGAAAAGGUUCUCCUGUUCCAUCUGUUUGGAUCUACUGAAGGAUCCGGUGACUACAUCCUGUGGACACAGCUACUGCAUGAGUUGUAUUAAAGACCAUUGGGAUAUAGAGGACCAGAAGGGAACCCACAGCUGUCCACAGUGCAGGAAGACUUUCAAUCGCAGACCUGACCUCCAGAAAAACACCCUGUUAGCCGAGUUAGUGGAGGACCUGAAGAAGACUGGACUCCAACAUGCUCCGGCUGACCACUGUUAUGCUGGACCUGGAGAUGUGGCCUGUGAUGUCUGCACUGGGAGAAAGAUGAAAGCUGUCAAGUCCUGUUUAUCCUGUUUGACCUCCUACUGCCUGAGAGACCUCCAACCUCACUAUGAUGCUCCGCCUUUGAAGAAGCAUAAACUGAUUCCCCCGACGAAGAGGCUCCAGGAGAACCUCUGCAUUCGUCAUGACGAGGUGAUGAAGAUCUUCUGUCGUACUGACCAGCAGUCCAUCUGUUAUCUCUGCACUAUGGAUGAACAUAAAGGCCAUGAAACUGUGCCAGCUGUAGCAGAAAGGGCUGAGAAGCAGAAGGAGCUCCAGGUGAGGCAACAACAAAUCCAGCACAGAAUCCAGAACAGAGAGAAAGAUAUGAAGCUGCUUCAACAGGAAGUGGAGGUCAUCAAUGUCUCUGCUGAUAAAACAGUGGAGGACAGUGAGAAGAUCUUCACUGAGCUGAUCCGUCUCCUCCAGGAAAGAAGCUCUGAGGUGAAGCAGCAGAUCAGAUCCCAGCAGGAAACUGAAGUGAGUCGAGUCAAAGAUGUUCAGGAGAAGCUGGAGCAGGAGAUCACUGAGCUGAAGAGGAAAGACGCUGAGCUGGAGCAGCUCUCACACACAGAGGAUCACAACCAGUUUCUCCUCAACUACCCCUCACUGUCAGCACUCAGUGAGUCGACACACUCAUCCAGCAUCGACGAUCGUCCUCUGAGACACUUUGAGGACGUGACAACAGCUAUGUCAGAGCUCAGAGAUAAACUACAGGACAUCCUGAGAGACAUGAGGACAAACCUCCCAAAGACAGUCCCCCUGGUGGAUGUUCUCCUGUCAGAACCAGAACCUAAGACCAGAACUGACUUCUUGAAAUAUUCAAAAAGAAUCACUCUGGACCCAAACACAGCAAACAACUUUCUGUUGUUAUCUGAGGGAAACAGGAAAGUGACUUUAGUGGAGGAAGACCAGUUUUAUUUUGAUCACCCAGACAGAUUCUCUAACUGCACUCAGAUCCUCAGCAGAGAGAGUCUGACUGGGCGCUGUUACUGGGAGGUGGAGUGGAGCGGGACGGAAGUCGAUUUAGCAGUUUCAUACAAGAACAUCAGCAGGUCGGAAGGUGACAGCGAUUUUCGAAACACUGACAAAUCUUGGACAUUAUAUUGUCACAGACAAAUUUACAUAUUUUAUCACAACAGAGUAGAAACUCAAGUGUUAGUUCCUGUUUCAUCCAGAGUAGGAGUGUAUCUGGAUCACAGAGCAGGUGUUCUGUCUUUCUACCACGUCUCUGGAACCAUGACUCUCCUCCACAGAGUCCAGACCUGCUUCACUCAGCCGCUGCAUGCUGGAGUUGGGUUUUAUAGUUAUGGAGACUCUGCUAAGUUUAUUGAACUGUAACGGACAGAAGUGAUCAGAGGUCUCAAUCAUUGUUGCUAAGCGCUCACUGUUUGGCCAUUUCCUCUCUGCUCAGUGAUCAGUUGUCUUUAGGGAGCCACUUUGUCUUUUGUUGAUGUUGGGUUUAGAUUGAGUGCUGUCUGCUUCUGUUUCUGUUCAGCCAUGGAUGCUACCACUGCUCCAGUGGGUUUUAUUCACCUGAAUUAAUUUUAUUAAUUUAGAUAAUACAACUAAAAACCAGGCAGAGAUAGCUAACAACUAAGCUAAAAGUAGUUCAGUUAUUUAUUGAUUUCUCAGACCAAAUGUUAUUGUUUGAGCUGGGAUGAUCAAAAGAGAUAUUCAGAUUCAAACAAUGAAUUUAUUGAAUUUCUGCAUAAAUUUGCUGUGUGAGUUCACCAGCAUACUCAUUACUAUGUUCAAAGUUAAGUCAGACAAUGAGGUUUGUUUCAUUUUGAACAAGAAUGAAAUUUCAGUUGAUGUUUUGUUUCAUUUUAUUUUAUUCUUUAUAAUUAGUUUAAGUACAUCUUAAUGUUUGCAUGUUGUUUCUUAGUGUUUGUUUUUCUAUAACUGAUUUAACAGUGAUUUUAACAUUUUUGGUAUUAUAUUCAUCUGAUGCUAAUUUUUGCUUUAUUGACUUUAGCAGUUUGUGCUACAUUGUGGAGGCUGUCCCUUCACUUUUAACAUUAGCAAAGUAUUUAUUUGUUUCUCCUUGACCAUUGAUAAUGCUGUAUGAAUAAAAUAUUUAAUGGUUGUGAAAUGUCUAACUAAGAGUUAAGUGAAAUUCACAAUUACAUUUUCCUGUGGGCACAGAGCAGUUUACAGCAGGAAUGUAGUAGUCAGCAUUCAUGUUCAUACGUGAAUGCUGUUCUCAGUAAUCAGGCCUGGGUGCAGCAAGUGAAACUCAACAUAACUUUCUAAAAAAAUUGAUUCAUGACAUGAUUAAACAAAGGAAAGUGUAUGGGGUAAUUGGUGAUUACUUUUUCACACAAGGCCAAGUGGGAUUGGGUGUAUUUUUUUCCCCUUAAGUUAAAUAGUCAUUUAAAAACUGCAUUUUAUUUUUUUUUUUGUCUGAAAUUGGAAUUUGGUUAAUCAUAUGAACCACUGAAGUGUGUUAAAAAAAAUCAGAAACUGAGAAAAUCUGUUAGGGGACAAGUCUUCACAGAUCAAAGUUGUAUUUUAAAUAUGAACUUAAACAAAAGAGUAUUUGCAAUUUCUUACUU